UCAGAUCUACCUACCCCUAAAGAUGUCUACAAGCAACAGCAACCCCUUCUGCCCGCCGACAAGCGGAGACGCACCUGCAACUACCCCAAACCCUAAUCCCGAUAUUAAACAACGCCGAACCAAUUUUACUUCAGAAAUCGGCACAACCAUCUGCAACUGCCCAAACCCUAAUUCCUGUAAUUCAGAUACGGCGAAGAAAACCCAAUUCCCUCCAGAUCUUAUUGAGGAAAUUCUUUUGAGGCUCGGUGUCAAGUCUCUGCUUCGAUUCCGAUGCGUAUCCAAGCAGUGGUUUUUUCUACUUUCCAACCAACAAUUCAUCACAAGACAUCUCAAAAUCCAGACUUCAAAACGCACUCGCCAGGAAUUUAUCGUUCAGGGUCUUGAAGAUACAAACUUUGCCAUCGGCACUCUAGACGACAAUGCUGAUCGGAUAUGGUUUCGACUCCUGGAAACCAACCACCUCCAGGUGCUGCCUUCAGAGAAAAGUGCUGGCUUAUUGGGGCACUGCAAUGGCCUUCUGUCUUCGCGCUUCUAUUCCAAGGAGACCGACCGGAACAGCAUCGUUGUUUGUAACCCUUCAACAAUGGAACAGUGGAGAUUUUCGAUGCCGCAAUGUCUUAAGAAGAAUGUUGAACUAUUUGGGUUCGGUUUUGAUUCAGUAAGUGAUGAUUACAAGCUUGUAUUAGCGACGAUUACAGCAUGUGGGAGGAAACUAGAUAAGAUCCAGAGCUUGAGCCUGAAGAGGGGUUUAUGGAAAACUGUUCAAUUUGAUAUAGAGUACUCGUUUGAUUUAUCAGAUGGAACUCAUGUCAAUGGCUACAUUUACUGGCUUAUUAAUCGUCAACAACGAUCUAGUUGUGGAAUUGUAAGUUUUGAUUUGAGCACAGAUAAAUUGAGAGAAGAGGAAUCUCUAAGCUGGAUACUAUCCAAUAAAUCCAACAUGUAUACCAGUUUGCAGCUGUCAGGAGAAUCUCUUUGUCUGGUCGAGUCUCCGGACGAGGUUGCCUAUGAUGUGUGGAUGAUGGAGGAAAAUGUGGUAACACAGACCAAAUCUUGGAUUAAAUUGUUCAGAGUUAGUAGUACUGAUGGCAACUUCAAUACCCCUUUAAAUGAUCCAUGGAACCGGGAUGUGAUGACUCCAGUCUGUUUUACUGGAAACGGAAAAGUUUUGAUUUAUUGGCAUUCAAGAUAUGAAUACGCUCUGUACAACCCCGAUGACCAAUCAGUUAACAAAGUUGCAGAAUUUGGCAAUCCCAUUUGGGAAUCCUGGCCUGUGAGUCCAUAUGUGGAGAGCUUGGUCUCCCUGGGUUGAUGAACUCAAUUCAAUUACUGAGUUCUAAUUUUAUUAAUGCUAUUAUUUACUUUGAUGUUCCUUUCGUCUGGUGUUGUCAUCUUAUUUAUUUUGGGGAGUGGCUAAUGAUAGAAGAGGCUGUGCUAGUGUAUGGUCCUCAGGCUGGUGAUGUGAAGAGUAAGGUAUUGGUUUAGUUUUAAUAAACUUGAGUGAAUGUGUCGAGGGUGUGUUUUUAGGUAAUGUAAUUUGUAAUUAGAAUGAUGGAGCCAUUCUGCCUGAUAUUCUUCUUAUCUUUAAGCAGGAAUUCUAUGUGGUUUCAGCUAGUAAAUUUGAUUGUUGAAG